AUGGAGGCGGUUGGUGCCCCUUCCACCGGGACAGCCAGUCUUGGGACGCUUGGGUUUGGGUUAAAAGCUCCUGGAACAACAGCUGCUGCCACAACAAGCACUGCCACUGGCACCACUACUGCUUCUGGCUUUGCUUUGAAUCUUAAGCCACUGACUACAACUGGUGCCACUGGAGCUGUGACUUCUACAGCUGCCAUCACCACAACAACAAGCACCAGUGCGCCUCCGGUGAUGACCUAUGCCCAGCUGGAGAGUUUGAUAAACAAGUGGAGCCUGGAACUGGAAGACCAGGAGAAACACUUUCUCCAUCAAGCUACACAAGUUAAUGCCUGGGAUCAGACACUGAUAGAGAAUGGAGAGAAGAUUACUUCAUUGCACAGAGAAGUAGAGAAAGUGAAGCUUGAUCAGAAGAGACUGGAUCAGGAACUGGACUUCAUUCUGUCCCAGCAGAAGGAGCUUGAAGACUUGUUGACCCCUCUGGAGGAGUCUGUGAAGGAGCAGAGCGGGACCAUCUACUUGCAGCACGCAGAUGAAGAACGGGAGAGGACUUACAAACUGGCUGAAAACAUAGAUGCUCAGUUGAAGCGCAUGGCUCAAGAUCUGAAGGACAUCACUGAGCACUUGAAUACGUCAAGAGGCCCAGCGGACACGAGUGACCCG